AUAUUGGAAAUAAAAAUAGACGUGACGCUGAAAUGGGUAAGCUGGCUGUGAUUGGUAUAAUAGAACAAGACGGAGAAGGAGGAGAGGCGGCAGUGUGGCUCUGGGGAGGAGCAGAAGAGAACAGAGAGGUAAUUACCAUGCAAGGAGCUGGAGACGCCGACGGACGUCCCCGGAUGAUGCGCGAUGAGGAAAGGUUGUCUGAUGAUGUUCCCGAAACUGCCCAUCAGAUUAGCACCGAUUCAUGGUUGCAGGCUGGGUUUGUCUUAACCACUGGAGUCAACAGCGUCUUUGUGCUGGGAUAUUCUGCGACAAUCAUGGUCCCUCUUGGUUGGAUUGGAGGUGUAGUUGGCUUAAUUUUAGCAACGGGGAUAUCAUGGUAUGCAAAUUCUCUUGUUGCAAAGCUCCAUGAAUUUGAGGGAAAGAGGCAUAUCAGAUACAGAGAUCUUGCAGGAUAUAUAUAUGGUAAGAAAGCUUAUUCAACAACAUGGGCAUUGCAAUACGUCAAUCUUUUCAUGAUUAACAUCGGAUACCUCAUUUUGUCUGGUUCUUCCCUAAAGGCUGUUUAUGUCCUUUUCAGGGAUAACCAUGCCAUGAAGCUUCCACACUUUAUUGCCAUAGCUGGUUUUGUAUGUGCUGUAUUUGCCAUAGCAACACCUCAUCUGUCAGCUCUAAGGAUAUGGCUAGGAUUUUCAGCUAUGUUGACCCUGGUGUAUGUUGUUGUGGCUUGUGUGCUCUCAGCUAAAGAUGGAAUCAAUGCACCACCAAGAGAUUAUAGUAUUACAGGGUCGAGUGGGAGCAGAAUUUUUACGAGUAUAGGGGCAACUGCAAAUCUUGUCUUUGCGUUCAAUACAGGAAUGCUUCCAGAAAUACAGGCAACAGUGAGGGAGCCUGCGGUGAAAAACAUGCUAAAAGGUUUAUGCUUCCAGUUUACUGUUGGUGUUUUACCAUUGUAUGCUGUUACGUUCAUUGGAUACUGGGCUUAUGGAUCUUCAACAUCAACCUAUUUGCUCAGUGAUGUAAAAGGUCCAGUCUGGGUGAAAACGUUUGCCAACAUUUCUGCCUUCCUUCAAUCAGUCAUUGCUUUACAUAUAUUUGCUAGUCCAACAUAUGAGUAUUUGGACACCAAGUUUGGGAUUACAGGAAGUGCAUUAGCAAUUGGAAAUUUGUCCUUCAGAUUAGCAGCAAGAGGAGGCUAUCUUAUCAUCAGCACCCUGGUGGCUGCUCUUUUGCCAUUCCUUGGAGAUUUUGAGAGCCUAACAGGGGCUCUAAGCGCAAUUCCUCUUACAUUCAUCCUUGCGAACCACAUGUACCUUGUGGCAAAGAGGAACAAAUUGACUUCAUUUCAAAAGCUCUGGCAUUGGCUUAAUGUCUGUUUCUUUGGACUCGUGUCUGUUGCAGCAACUGUUUCAGCUUUGAGGCUCAUUGCAGUAGAUUCUAAAACAUUUCAUUUAUUUGCUGGUCUAUGAUGAACUCCAGUGUCAUCUAUGUCUUAUUUAUUUACCAUCACCCCAGGCUUAAUAAGAUGACCAAGCAUUGGGUUAUAGAAUAUAGAUAUAAGAUUUUU